AUGACAAUGUGCAGGGAUUUGAUUUUCAACACAAACUUUGCAAAAGAGCUGUGUGAUGGGCAGCUGCUGAUCCAGAUCCGGGUUGCAGCACAAACAAUUCACACUAAUCCUGUCACCACUAAUACAGUUGUUUACAUGAACAUGACUGUAGAAAAUAUUCAUAUGAAUUAUUCUGAGGAAUCUUCAUCAACCCGUUCAUCAACAUUUUCACAAAGGCCAGAAUAUAAAGCCACAAAGCAAAAAGUAAAAUCAGAUAGAAGGAUUGGUCUCUAUCCAUUACUAAUUCAUUUAAAGAACACUGAAUGUAAAACAAGAAGGGAUAAUCAAAGUAAAGCAGAAAAUACUGCUCUAUUAACUUCAGAGCUACAUUCGGCAUCCACAAAGUUUAACACAAGUCGAGAAAUGACAACAUUGCUAAACAAACCAAUUCACCAUUCAAAAUCACAGCAAAGGAAAGUAUUGCAGAACACAAUACAGCCACUAAUGAAAACAAUUCUCACCAUACAACAAGAACAACUGAAGACAAUUAACCUAAAAUACGGGUGCAACAGAAACAAGUACACAGAGACAAAACCAGAUAUCAGUGAAUACAACAUUCCCAACAACAACAGAAAAUGGUACACAGAGAGAAAACCAGACAUCAAUGAAUACAACUUUCACAACAACAGAAACAAGUACACAGAGAGAAAACCAGACAUCUGUGAAUACUCCUUUCCCAGCAACAAUAGGAACAAGUACAGAAAGGAAAAGCCAGACAUCGGUGAACGCAACUUUAACGACAUCAAUAGAAGAAACAGAAACAAGUACACUGAGAGAAAACCAGACAUCAGUGACUACAACUUUCCUGACAACAACAGAAACAAAUACGCAGAGAGAAAACCAGACAUUAGUGAGCACAACAUCCUCAACAACAACAGAAACAAGUACACAGAGAGAAAACCAGACAUUAGUGAACACAACAUCCUCAACAACAACAGAAACAAGCACACAGGCAGAAAACCAGACAUCAGUGAAUGCAAAUUUCCGAACAACAACAGAAACAAGCACGCAGGCAGAAAACCAGACAUCAGUGAAUGCAAAUUUCCCAACAAUACUGGAAACAAUUACACUGAGAGAAAACCAGACAUCAGUGAAUACAGCUUUCCCGAUAACAGCAGAAACAGCUACACAGAGAGAAAACAAGACAUCAGUGAAUACAACUUUCCCAACAAUACUGGAACCAAAUACACAGAAAGAAAACCAGACACCAGUGAAUACAACUUUCCCAACAAUACUGGAACCAAGUGCACAGAAAGAAAACCAGACAUCAGUGAAUUCAAUUUUCCCAACAGGAACAAGUAUAGAAGGAGAAAGCCAGACAUCAAUGAAAACAACUUUCCAGACAACAACAGAAAAUGGUACACAGAGAGAAAACCAGACAUCAGUGAAUACAACUUUCACAACAACAGAAACAAGUACACAGAGAGAAAACCAGACAUCUGUGAAUACAACUUUCCCAGCAACAAUAGGAACAAGUACAGAAAGGGAAAGCCAGACAUCGGUGAACGCAAUUUUAACAACAUCAAUAGAAGAAACAGAAACAAGUACACAGAGAGAAAACCAGACAUUGGUGCAUACAACUUUCCCAACAACAACAGGAACAAGUACACACAGAGAAAACCAGACAUCAAAGAAUACAACAUUCCCAACAACAACCCAAACAAGUACACCGAGAAUAUACCAGACAUCAGUGAUUACAACUUUCCCAACAACAGCAGAAACAAGCACAGAGAGAGAGAAUCAGACAUCAAAGAAUACAACAUUCUCAACAACAACAGAAACAAGUACACUGAGAGAAAACCAGACAUCAGUGACUACAAAUUUCCUGACAACAACAGAAACAAGUACACUGAGAGAAAACCAGACAUCAAUGAAAACAAAUUUCCAGACAACAACAGAAAAUGGUACACAGAGAGAAAACCAGACAUCAGUGAAUACAACUUUCACAACAACAGAAACAAGUACACAGAGAGAAAACCAGACAUCUGUGAAUACAACUUUCCCAGCAACAAUAGGAACAAGUGCAGAAAGGGAAAGCCAGACAUCGGUGAACGCAAUUUUAACAACAUCAAUAGAAGAAACAGAAACAAGUACACAGAGAGAAAACCAGACAUUGGUGCAUACAACUUUCCCAACAACAACAGGAACAAGUACACACAGAGAAAACCAGACAUCAAAGAAUACAACAUUCCCAACAACAACCCAAACAAGUACACCGAGAAUAUACCAGACAUCAGUGAUUACAACUUUCCCAACAACAGCAGAAACAAGCACAGAGAGAGAGAAUCAGACAUCAAAGAAUACAACAUUCUCAACAACAACAGAAACAAGUACACUGAGAGAAAACCAGACAUCAGUGACUACAAAUUUCCUGACAACAACAGAAACAAGUACACUGAGAGAAAACCAGACAUCAAUGAAAACAAAUUUCCAGACAACAACAGAAAAUGGUACACAGAGAGAAAACCAGACAUCAGUGAAUACAACUUUCACAACAACAGAAACAAGUACACAGAAAGAAAACCAGACAUCAGUGAAUAUAACUUUCCCAACACCAAUAGGAACAAGUACAGAAAGGGAAAGCCAGACUUCAGUGAAGGCAACUUUAAUGACAUCAACAGGAACAAAGGAAACAAGUACACUGAGAGAAAACCAGGCAUCAAUGAAUACAACUUUCCUGACAACAACAGAAAAUAG